AUGACCGAUAAUACAACUCCAAGAAGAAUUAGCGAACGAAGAAAUAAAGGAGUUCCGCCAGCCAAGUUCGGAUCGUUUGAUGUAGACAUGGGAGGAGUUGAUCGCACGCCACCGCCGCCGGCACAAAAACAAACUGCAGGGCAAACUGAAGAAGAUUCGCCAGGAACUUCAGCUGAGCCACAACAGAGUUCCAAUACAGAUAUGAAUGCUUUGUCACGUGAAUUCGGUAAGAAAAUGGAUGAGAUGCGUAAUGAAUUUAACAGGCAACUACAGGCCAUGCAAGCUUUGAUGAUAUCAAACAAUGAUCGUGUGCAAAGUAAUAUACAAAAAAUAAGGAACGAAUUAAGACGUCAGCCAACUACAUCAACGUCCGACGGGACACAAUUUUUGCCGCCAACGCCAGCCAUCUCUGCCGCUACUAAUACGUCCGCCGGGACACAAUUUCUGCCGCCAACGCCAGCAAUCUCUGCCGCUACUAAUACGUCCGCCGGGACACAAUUUCUGCCGCCAACGCCAGCAAUCUCUGCCGCUACUCAUACGUCUGCCGGGACACAAUUUUUGCCGCCAACGCCAGCAAUCUCUGCCGCUACUAAUGCGUCCGCCGGGACACAAUUUCUGCCGCCAACGCCAGCAAUCUCUGCCGCAGCUCAUACGUCCGCCGGGACACAAUUUUUGCCGCCAGCAAUCUCUGCCGCUGCUCAUACGUCCGCCGGGACACAAUUUCUGCCGCCACCAUCAAUCUCUGCCGAUACACAUAGUUCUACGCUGUCUGAUGAUUCUGCCUCAUCGCAACCUUUUGCCAAUGUACCUGCCGUCACGCAAUAUUCUGCCGCCGCACAAAUGCCUUCAGUUAGUCAGUCAGGUCAGCCGGAGGAAUGGCAAACAUUUAUUGAAGCAUACCAGAGCACAACCAGAGAAUUUCAAUAUUCCAAUUUGCACAAUAUUAUGCGAAUUCGAGAUGCUUUAAGUGGCCGUGCAAAAGACACAGUAGAGGCUCUGCUUACAAAUUCUGCCAACGUCGCUGCCAUUUUAGAAACUUUAGAGCAGAAUUACGGGAGACCGGAGCAACUUAUAAAAAGUCAGAUCGAGAAAGUUCGCACAAUUUUACCUGUUGCAGAAGGUGAUCUAGAAGGGCUAAUUGUUUUUGCGAAUAAAAUUACUAACAUGUCGACGUUUCUUCAAAAUGCCAAAGGUGCACACCAUUUAUCAAAUCCAAUGCUUCUAAAUGAACUAGUUGUGAAAAUGCCAAUAUGCCGCCAAAUGCAAUGGGCCGAAGCAUGCCUAAGUCUUGGUGAUGCCCCUACAAUCGUAAAGUUUAGUCAGUGGCUAAAUGCACUUCGAAAAAUCGCCAGUACUGUUACUGAUUCAAUGUCAAAUAUGAGUGUAUGUUCGAAUACUGUCAGAAAACAACAACAGUUGACUACAACAUCUGGAGGACGUAGGCGUGUAAACGUAAGUGUUUCUUUAAAAACCUGUGGUGUAUGUGAAAAUCAGUGUGCUUCAGUGGAUCAAUGUGAAUCAUUUCUAAAAUUGCCAUGUGAUGUCCGUUGGAAAAAAGUAAAAGAUAUGAAAAUAUGUUUUUCGUGUUUAAAGAAGGGCCACAGAGCAGCUUCAUGUUAUGCCAAAAAGAAGUGUGGUAUUAAUGGUUGUAAUAGAGUCCAUCAUCGCCUUUUACAUGACUCAAGUAUUGAAGUGGUUGCCCAAAAUCCAUCUUCAAAUAAUGUUGUUACAUCAAAGCCUAGCUUAGUCGAAAGCAAUACAGCCGGAAGAAAUUGUCAUUUAAAUGAAGGCCGCCAUAUGAGAGAAAGUGUACUAUUUCAAAUUAUUCCUGUAAAAUUGUAUGGACACUUAACAGAAAUUUCAACCUAUGCCUUUAUCGAUGAUGGAUCCAACACAACAAUGAUUGACGCCAAAAUUGCCCACGAACUUGGAAUAUCAGGUAAAAAGGAUCAAUUAGAAGUCCAAUGGUUUAUUCACCACACUAUUUGUGAGCCAACUGAAAUUAUUGAUCUAGCCAUUAGUGGAGUACAUGAGAAUGCUGAAAAAUUUCAUAUUUCAAAGGUAUUUACUUCUACAAAUAUAACCCUGCCUCAUCAAAGUUUCUGCCGUAGUGAGUAUAAAAAUACACAUAUCAAUAAUUUGCCGAUUGUAGAAUAUAAAAACAUUCAGCCUAAAAUUAUAAUAAGUUUGGCACAUGCUUUCCUCACAGUACCCAUAGAAGUACCACAGACGUCCAUUAGUAAGGGCCCCAUCGCAGUAAAAACUCGCUUGGGCUGGUUGGUAUACGGCCCCUAUAGUUACGACAGCAUCCAGCUACGUCAUGCCUUUCAUGUGAGAACAGUAGAAGAAAGCGGUAAUUUGGAGAAACUGCUAACGUCAUAUUUUGGAAUGGAGACAUUUGGAAUCAAACCAAAUACUAAAAUUAUUAUGUCAAAGGAAGACACUAUAGCCAUAGAUAUUUUGAAUAGAUCAACAGUAAAGGUUGGUGAUCGUUUUGUUACCCCACUUCUGUGGAAAGAAAAUUUUUCUGGUUUUCCCGACAGUUUUGAUAUGGCUUACAGGCGCCUUCAGAGCGUAGAAAGAAAAAUGCAACGUGACACUGAAUAUGCCCAACAGUAUAAAGAGAAAAUUGAUACCUAUAUUGCCAAAGGAUAUGCCCGCCGAUUGAGUUCAAAAGAAAAAGAUAGCAUAUCAUUAAAAUCGUUUUAUUUGCCGCACUUUGCUGUGCAUAACCCUAAUAAAAAAGGAUUACGUCUUGUAUUUGACGCUGCCGCUGAAAUAGGAAAUGUGUCACUCAAUAAAGCCUUAAUUGCCGGCCCGGAUCUCAACCAACCGCUCAUUUCGAUUUUAUUUAAAUUUCGCCAAGCUCCAUUCGCUGUGUGUGGCGACAUCGCCGAGAUGUUUCACCAAAUUUCUGUAACUGAAGAGGACCAAGCCUGUCUUAAAUUUCUUUGGAGAAAUGGUGACUCUAGUAAGCCAGUCGAGGUAUUUGUAAUGCAAAGAUUAAUAUUUGGUGCUAGCUGUUCACCCACAAUAGCACAAUACGUUAAAAAUACCAACGCAAAAAAUUUUGAGGUGGAUUACCCCAGAGCCGUUAAAGGCAUUGUAGAACGUCAUUAUGUUGACGAUUACGUCGAUUGUUUUGAUACGGAAGAAGAAGCGGCAAAAGUCGUAAAAGAAGUUAUCGAAAUACACAAAAAUGCAGGAUUUAAUUUGAGAAAUAUUUUAUCCAACUCUGAUUACUUUAAAGCUUCUCGUGUUCCACAAUGCAUUUUAAAUAUGGAAAGAGUUCCCACAAAACGUGAAUUGCUAAGCCUUACCAUGUCUGUAUUUGACCCAUUUGGAUUUUUGGGAAACUUUAUGAUCUCAGCAAAAUUACUACUGCAGUCAACAUGGAAAUUGGGAUUAAAAUGGGAUCAAGAGCUACCAGAAAAUAUCUACGAACGGUGGAAAAUGUGGUUGCAAGAAUUACCCAAAGUAAAACAAUUUCAAAUGCCUCGCUGCUAUAUGAGUACGUUUAUGACAGCAGCAGUACAAUUGCAUUUAUUUGCCGAUGCAAGUGAGGAAGCCUUAUCGGUGAUAGCGUAUUGGAGAGCAGAGAUUGAAGGAAAAGUCUACUUAUCUUUUGUUUGUGCAAAAACUAGUUGUGCCCCCACACGUUAUCAUACGAUCCCGAAGCUCGAACUACAAGCCGCAACAAUGGCAGUGCGUUUAAAGGACAACAUCGUCAAGUACCACGAUGAUCGAGUCAACAUUUUUUUCUUUUGGAGCGACUCUACAACAACUAUAAGAUGGAUUCGAGGUGAUCAUACAAAAUAUAAACAAUAUGUGGCGAAUCGGGUAGCGGAGAUUAUCGAAAACACCAACAUUGCAGAAUGGCAUUGGUGCCCUGGAGAGCUAAAUCCGGCUGAUGAUGGUACAAGAGCAAAAUUUCCUCCGUUAUAUGACCCUAAAGGUAGAUGGAUAACUGGUCCAUCUUUUUUGCUACAACCCAAAUAUGAAUGGCCAGACGAGGCCAAAAUGAAUAAGAUUACUGACUCUUGUUCAGAAGAGUUGAGAGCCAAACGGAAACUUUUCCUGGUCACACAAGUGAGUAGUAUUGAAAAUAUUAUUAAUCGAUUUUCAAAUUACAGUAGGCUCAAGCGCACCAUAAGUUGGGUUCUACGCUACAUGGCAAAUAUUUUGCGAAAAAUACAACACGAGGAACUGCUCAAAGGUGAACUUUCUGCCGCUGAAGAGAAAAAUGCUGAAUUAUUUCUUUGCCGAUAUGCUCAAAAAACAGCAUAUUCAACUGAGUACGCCAUUCUUAAACAACAAGGUACAAUUUCAAAGUCUAGUGAGCUGUUGUCGCUCAAUCCCUAUAUGGACCAAGAAGGUAUAAUACGAGCAAGUGGUCGCAUACAAAACGCCGUAUUUAAAUCUGUCGAAUUAUGUCGACCCAUUAUUUUACCAAAGUCACAUAAAAUUACACGUUUGAUCGCUAACUGGUACCAUAGCCGUUUUUGUCACAUCAAUAGAGCCGUUGUAAUAAAUGAAAUACGCCGUCGUUUUUGGAUACCGUCAAUUCGUGAGCUACUUAAGAGUGUGGAAUCUAAAUGCCAGCUUUGUAAACUACGAAAAGCCAAACCCUAUCAGCCUCAAAUGGGGGUGCUGCCAGUCGACAGAAUAACUGCGUUUGUCCGGCCUUUUUCAUACACAGGUGUCGAUUUUUUCGGCCCUAUAACAGUUACCAUUCCUAGAAGACAAGAAAAACGUUGGGUGGCAUUGUUCACGUGUCUUUCCGUCCGUGCUGUACACCUUGAGCUUGCAACCGAUAUGUCGAGUGACGCUUUCAUUUUGUGUUUGCGGAAUUUUAUGAAUAGGCGUGGGGUUCCCGUACAAAUACGUAGCGACAAUGGUACAAAUUUUGUGGGAGUAGUCAAAGAACUGGGAGAUUCCAAAGAGUUUCUUGAUCACUAUCGCAUUACAGCUCAUCUGUCUCCACUCGGUGUCAAAUGGAUAUUCAACACGCCCGCCAACCCUAGUGAAGGUGGCGCUUGGGAGCGCCUUGUCCAAUCUAUAAAAAAGGCUCUUUAUGCCAUGUUGAAAGAAAGUGCUCCGCGCAUCGAUACAUUGUGGUGUUUGCUUCUCGAAGCUGAAAAUAUUGUAAACUCUCGCCCUCUAACCCACUUGCCUGUAUCACCUGAUGAGCCGGAGCCUAUUACGCCCAACCAUUUCUUACUUGGUUGCACAAAUUCUACACAAACUCCAGCGCCAUAUGAACCUAAACUUAAUUGUUUGCGCAAACAGUGGCGUGUCGUACAGAAUUUAAAAAACGGUUGGUGGCGACAAUGGAUCCGAGAAUACUUGCCUGAGCUUACUCGACGUACGAAGUGGUGCUUGCCCACGAAACCGAUAGCUGAAGGGAGCCUUGUUCUAAUUUGUGACCCUAACUUGCCUAGAUCUAAUUGGCGUCGUGGUAGAGUUCUUGAGCUGUUUAAAGGGAAGGAUGGCAUAGCGCGCUCGGCUAACGUUAAGACAAAUACUGGAGUUUUGAAAAGACCCGUUUCCAAGUUGGCGGUCUUAGAUGUUGAGGUGCCAACCAGUAAUACUUUUGGAACUCAAAUUUUGGAUGAGGACUCCCCAGGUAAUUGUAUUUUAAUAAAUCCACUGGGACUUGGGCAUGGAGUGGUGGCUCCAAUGACAAUUUAG